AUGUCAGACCACGAAGAGAACGGUGAAAAUUUGGGACCACGAGGCAAUGGCGGUUUGAACCCACCGGCUAAUAAUAAUGACUUAGAUCAACAACUCCAUAAUAUUACCCGACAUGCGAAUAUUACGGAUCAAAUGAUCACGUCCCUUGGGGAAAGUAUGACAUUGCAUCAGGCGUUAAUGCAAGUCCCGAGUUUUGACGGUAAAAACAUGCCUUUACAAGCAUUUUUACUAGAUGUAGAAAACGGUCUUACAAUCGUACCAGAUAAUCUCAGGAACACUUAUUUUAACGGAGUAAAAUCUAAGCUCAAGGACACGGCUAGAGACGCGAUCGCGGAUAAGACAAUUAAUACAAUGAAUACUCUUAUAGACGCGCUUAAAGAAUAUUUCGCCACUAAGAAGACUUACCCACAAUAUUGCGCGGAUAUCCAAGCCAUUCGGCUUAAACAAAAUGAAUCAAUCCUGAGUUACUAUACUCGAAUAAAGAAAAUUCGCGCUAAUGCAAUAACCGCAUUAAACGAAAGCUUUAAUAAUGUAGCCGAAGUAAAUGCGAUGAAGAAAAUGCUAGACGGAUUAGCACUCGAGUCAUUCAAACGCGGACUACCAGACGAUCUAAUAUACGGAGUAAGUGUACAAAAUCCUGAUACUCUCGACGAGGCAUAUAAAAUCGCACUACGGCUCGAAGAAGACCUGAAAGGUAGCUCUCACCGUAAUUCCAAUUAUCUAGCCUACGCGCAGUCCGAAUCAGCAAAUCUUGAUUUACCGCGUAGAACUCGAACGGUUAGCUUUCAAGACGAAGAACGUCGAAAUACCAUACCGUUCAGAUUUACUCGCGAAGACAAUAACAGACCUUCUAAUUCAUACAGUAGAUCUCCGGUGCGGGAUACGACACCACCACGCGAUAAACGCAACUAUCCUGAGCGUGGCAAUUCACCCUAUCGUUCGCGAAGCCGAUCACCCGGAAGCUACUAUCCAUAUUAUCCUCCACCGGGUUAUUUCCCUCCAAUUCCAUAUAUACCUCCUAUGCCAUAUCAAUACCCACCUCCUGGAGCAUAUUCACCUCCAGCACCAUAUAAUCCGCCAUAUUAUCAAAAUUACCCUCCUCAAGAUAACAAUCAGCAUAGCCCUAAUAACAAUUAUAGCAACAAUAAUUCCAAUAAUUACAAUAAUCGUAACAAUUAUGACAAUAAUAAUCAAAGAUACGGUAACAAUGGUUAUAAUAGCUAUAAUAGAAAUAAUUAUGGAAGUUACAGUAACAAUAGUAACCCACAAAACCAACAAAAUAAUUCAAGACCAACCUCUCCUGCACCACCUAAGGAACCUUUAAACUCCAACGCGGUUCGACGGAACGACGCGACGUCGAACAGCGCGAACCCCACGGAAACGCGUCCAUCAUCAAUCAGAUUCCUGACCGUCGAAAAUUCGUAA